GCGCAGUUUUUCCCGCUAAAUCCAACACUUCGCGCCAAAUCUAGUAAACAAACUCGUAGUUAUUUAUUUAUCAAAGAAAAUACGAUAUUUCGCGAAAGUUAAAUAUCAUAUAGAAUGCCCAGUAUAGAAGAUUGGUUGAGCAAUCCACUCAAUAUUGUGGCCGAAGCUUUCGAAAAUCGCCAAAACUCCAAGGAAUGGAAACAAAAAGUCGAGGAAUUUUUCAAAAACAAAAUUUCUGAUGAAAAGCUUUGUUCGUUGAUCCCGUCAUUAAACUCCACUCCCCUUCACUUGGUGCCCUCUACCUCCCUCGUGAGGUUUCGCUGCAUGAUCCAGGAUUCCUUCGAACCCGAAUAUUUCCUAGAAACUUACGAAGUUGUCAACAAGACGACAGGAGAAAAGGUUGUUGGAACGAGUUGUUACAAAGACGUCAUCGAUUCUCCUGAUGGUUAUGAUGUCAUAACGGAAUCCCGUCAAAACGAAACAGGGUGUCGACAAGUUUUAUUUUGUGUCUCGAUACCCGGGGAAACGGAAUGGGUUAAACAGUUCACCUCACCCUCACCCCCGGUGCAAGGAGUCGUAACUUCUAACUUGUCAACCAAGAGAAGUCACGAUGACGAACCUAUGGAAGCCACAGAAGAAACAGAAGACGACUCGAACAAACGGCGCAAGUUGUCGGAACGAGAACCUUGUGUGACUUCUCCAAACCUCGAGGUCAGCCAUCCAUUACCUUGGGAGAAAGGACAAGCAGCCAUUGUUAAAGUUUAUGAUGAAACAAUGGACUUUAAGGUAAACGAAGUUUAUGAAUUCAUCGGAAUACUUUCGGUGGAUCCAUCAUUGUCAGCCAUCCAUGAUACAAACAGUGACCAAGUUAACGGGGAUUGUGGCCACAUGGAGGAGCUAAAGAGCCGAUCACCACCAGCGUCAUUGGUUCCGAGGAUUCAUGUUAUUUCUAUGGAAAAGUUGUCACAUAAUAAUCCAUUGUUGCCAAACAAUGUUUCAUCGGUUCCAGACCCCCCAUCAACAACCAACGAUGAAAUUCUUGAUUUUCUACGGAAAGUAACUUUUGGUGAUGAACUCGCUGCUCAAAGUAUUUUGUUUCAUCUUUUAUCGAGAGUAUACACGCGCAGUGGGACCAUGGCAGUCGGAAAACUUACCCUUAAUAUUUCUGGCAUUCCACCAAACUCUCCGUAUCCGAAACUUUUUGCUGAUGUCAUCAAACAACUUGUGACGAAGUGUUGUUACCUACCGAUGACACUCGACAACAUGAACAAGUUACGUUUCGUUCCAAACAAGAAUUACACGAAGAACAAACUGGAGCCCGGUGUUCUACAAUUGUCCGAUGGAAGUUACUUGCUACUUGAUGAAACGAGUUUAAAACCUGGGAGUUUGGAUUCAAACGGUGUCAAAAAUAUUCGGGCGAUAUCCACUUUGGUCACCACCCAGAAGGUUGAUUACGAUUUCCAGUUUUACCAAACACCAUUUUACCACGAUGUGAAUUGUGUCGUUUUAUCCGAAGCCAAAUCCAUGCUUCCUUGUGAUCUACAUAUCAAGCUUACACCGGGAUUCCCCGUACCCGAGAACCUCGUCGAAUAUUUCUCCUCUUUGCUGCCCCCGGUGGAAGUUUUGAACAAGUUCCGUAUUUAUUUAACGAGAGGAAGAAUGGUCGACUAUGACAUGGAAUCUCACGUAAUGCAGGAAAUUGAAAAUGAUUUUGUUUCAUGGAGGCGAGACGACCGCGAUAACGUGAGCGCUGACGAUCUCCAUCGCCUCCUAGUGUUAGCGAGGGUUCAGUGCGCAAGUAUGGGGAGGAGUAAAUGUUCGUCGGGGGAUUGGGGGGUCGUGAAAAAGUUUGAUGAAAAAAGAAAAGAAAGAAUGAAAAUAUGAUUUCUAUGUUAUCUUGAAAGAUUAAAACAAUAUUAAAUUGAGGACCAACAGGCAGAAAAUGAUUUAUAUGCUACCACUGCUAUUAUAAAACUGUUUAGUUUAUCUUUGAAAACCGACAUUUCGACGUCGUUAAAUUUAGUGAAUCAUGGACAUCUUAUAAUGUUUGUUGUUGUUAAUAAAUUUUCUUUGUGUGUUAACAAUGG